CUGCUUGAUUUUUCAUUUUCCUCUGCUUUUUUUGCCUCAUCUGAGAAUUUCAAUCUGUGGAUUACAUGAGUCAGGAAACAAGAUCACCAAGUGGAAAUGGAAUAAUUUAACAACUUGGACACUUUUUUUCAGAUAAGUGGAUGCUGAUUGGAUUCCUACUGAAGCUGUAAUUUUCCCUUCGCUUCUGCAUGAGGCUUUGCCCCCAACUCGAAGGACUAUAGCUGAAACUGUCUCCAUAUCACCAUGGCUGAAGGAGCCUCCUCCGCAGCCAGUGGGUCCAGUGGAGCAGCUGCACCACAGACCAGCUCACUCAAGUCCAAAGGUCUGGGGUUCCUCAGGAAGCUCAAAGUGUCCGCGGAGCUGCUGAUCGCCCUGGCUGCUCUCCUGUCAUGGCUAGUGGUCGGAGUGGUGAUGUUUGACUUUGUGGAGUACAAGGCAGUCCCUGACAUUCAGCAAAUCGUAUCGGACCCCGUGAAAGCUGUAAACGAUGCUGUUGAUGAAGUAUCCAGUCUGCUCAAUAAAUUUCAAGAAUGUGCACCUGAUUUAAGUGACCCUGCGGCCGUUGCCACUUAUGCAGCUGAGGAAAUAGCAGAAGCAAAAGAUGGAUUUGUUCAGUAUUUUUCAGAUGAGGAAGGGAACUUCUACCUCAGCUAUGUUGACCCCGUGGUCAUUGGUCGACAGGCUUUCCAUUCAACGAAUGAUUUCAUGUGUGGAGUUGUGGGUACCUUCAGGGACACACUGUGUGCUAUUGUGGACACUGUAUUGGACAAUAUAUCGGAUGUAAAUAAAGGAAAAGUUGACCUUAGCUACAUUGACCCUGUAGUCAUAGGCAGACGUGUCUUCAAUGUUACUAAUGAGUUCACGUGUGGAGUGGGGCGCUACAUCCAGGAUGUGCUCUGUACCAUUUUGGACACAAUUCUGGAUGUAGUGAAAGGAACAGUUGACAUCAGCUUCAUGGACCCUGUGGUAGUUGGCAGAAAUAUCUUCAAUGUUACCAAUGAGUUUGUGAGUGAAAUAGUGGGCUCCAUCCAGGACGUGCUCUGUGGCAUCCUUGACAAUGUACUGGAUAUAACAAAAGGAACCACUGACAUUAGCUUCAUUGACCCUGUGGUUGUUGGCAGAAAUGCCUUCACUGUUACUAACGACUUUCUGAGUGGGAUAGCAGUAUACAUCCAGGAUAUGCUCUGUGCUAUCUUUGAUGUAAUACUGGACACAGUGAAAGAUAUCCAGGACACUGUGGGAUUCAACCCGAUCUCAGGUCUGAAAAGAACAGCAGAGAUCAUCACAGAACAGAUAAACAUGCUCGUGAGCUAUGUUUCCACAACGCUGAUUGGUGAACAAGGCAUCAUACCUGAAGUCUCCAUUGACCCCAUGAAAGUUGUGGAAGAUGCCGUGUUGGAGUUCUCAGACAAGAAAGAUUUGUUUGUGGCUUACAUGUCAAGCAUGCUUGUUGGUGAUCAAGGUGAACCUGUUUCCACACCGGUCGUAAAUGUAGUAACUGAAAAAGAUGAAACUGUAGCUCCUCCAGCUGAUAUACAUUUGGUACAAAAGAAAGGUGAAUUUCUGCCACCUUUUGAAAAAGUUCUUAAAGAGGCAAAGGAAAGACAUGCAGUGAAAGAAGUUAAAGAUACCAUUAUUAAAGAACUAAAAGAAGAAAAGAUAAAGGAGGAGGCCAAACCACUUGAGAAGAAACCUCCCAAGCCCAGAGAGGAAGAACCUAAACAGAAGGAAGAACCUACAAAACCGUCCAAAGAGGAGGCAGAAGUAAAGAAGCCUUCUAAAGAGAAAAAAGAGCAUGCAAAACCUAAAGACAAAAGACAAGUACUAAAACCCUCCACAGAAAAAACAGAAGUCAAGAAACCAUCCAAAGAAGAGAAAAAAGUUAAGAAACCAUCCAAAGAGGAGAUAGAAGUCAAGAAACCCCUAAAAGAAGAGAGAGAAGUCAAGAAACCACCCAAAGAAGAGAAAGAAGUCAAGAAACCUCUCAAAGAAAAGAGGGAAGUAAAGAAACCACCCAAAGAAGAGAAAGAAAAAGAAGUCAAGAAACCACCCAAAGAAGAGAAAGAAGUCAAGAAACACCUUAAAGAAGAGAAAGAAGUCAAAAAACCACCCAAAGAAGAAAAAGAAGUGAAAGAACCUCUCAAAGAAGAGAAGGAAGUCAAGAAGCCAUCUCAAGAGGAGAGAGAGGUUAAGAAACCAUCUAAAGAGACAGAAGUCAAGAAACCUCUUAAAGAAGAGAAAGAAGUAAAGAAACCUCUCAAAGAAGAGAAAGAAGUCAAGAAACCUCUUAAAGAAGAGAAAGAAGUCAAGAAACCAUCUAAAGAAGAGAAAGAAGUAAAGAAACCUCUCAAAGAAGAGAAAGAAGUCAAGAAACCAUCUAAAGAAGAGAAAGAAGUCAAGAAACCAUCUAAAGAAGAGAAAGAAGUAAAGAAACCUCUCAAAGAAGAGAAAGAAGUCAAGAAACCUCUCAAAGAAGAGAAAGAAGUCAAGAAACCUCUUAAAGAAGAGAAAGAAGUCAAGAAACCAUCUAAAGAAGAAAAAGAAGUGAAGAAACCUCUCAAAGAAGAGAAAGAAGUCAAGAAACCAUCUAAAGAAGAGAAAGAAGUGAAGAAACCUUUCAAAGAAGAGAAAGAAGUCAAGGAACCUUCUAAGGAGAAGAGAGAAGAGAAGGAAGCCAAGAAACCCCUCAAAGAAGAGAGAGAAGUCAAAAAACCAUCUAGAGAAGAGAGAGAAGCCAAGAAACCUCUUAAAGAGAAGAAAGAAGAGGUGAAACCUUCCAAAGAAGAAAAGGAAGAUAAGAAACAUCCUAAACCAGAGAGAGAAGUGAAGAAACCACCCAAAGAAGAAAAGAAGUCUCUCAAAGCGGAGAAGAAACUAUCCAGGGAAGCGGUCGAUUUGAAACCAUCUAAGGAAGAGCAAAAACUGAAAAAGCCUCAAAAGGAGAAAGCAGAGAAAGAGAUGAAGCCCAAAGAACUGAAGGGGAAGGAAGACAGGGAGCCGCCAAAGGAGGAGAAAGAAAUUAUAAAACCUAUAACAGAAAAAGAUAAGCCUUCUGUCAAGGAAAAGGUGGUAACAAAGCCUAUAAAGAUGGAUAAAGACCUGAAGACACCAACUGUGGAGGAAAGACCUCACAGAAAAGAGAAGGAAGUGUCAGAAGAGAAAGAACCAACAAAGCCUAAAGAGGCUGAUAUCAAAAAGCUUCUCAAAGAUGAGAAGGAAGAAGUAUUGCCUCCAAAAGAAAAACGAGAACCAAGGAAGCCCUUGAAAGAAUUGAAAGACCAAGAAAAAACACAUAAAGAGGCCAGAGAAGUUAAAGCGCCUCCAAUAGAAAAGGAGGAAGUCACAAAGCCUGCAAAGGAAGAACUAGACAAGAUCUCCAAAGAGAGGAAACAACCAGUUAAGCCUCCUAAGGAGGUGAAAGAGGAGGAAAAGCAAGAGAGGCCUUCCAAAGAAAAGGUAGUACCAAAGAAACCCUCAAAAGAGAAACAAGAACCAAAGAAACCUUCUGAAGAUGAAAAAGAACCUACAAAACUGUCUAGAAAGGCAGAAAAAGAACCGAAGAUGCACACCAAAGAAAAGCCAGAACCAAAGAAGAUCUCUGAAGAAAAAGUGAAACCUUCAAAAGAAAAGAAAGAGGUCAAGAUGAUUCCCAAAGAAGAAAAGGAACCAAAGAAGAUCUCCAAGGAAGACACCAAACCAACACAACCUUCUAAAGAAAAGAAAGAAAUCAAGAAGACUCAAAAAGACAAAGAACCUAUCAAGAAGAGGGAUAUUAAGACAGACGCUGGACCCAAAAAGGCUGCGAGAAAGAUUAAAGUAGUCAAGAAGGAGCUUGCGUCUGUCCUGAAGAAAGAACAUCUCAACGUUACAAAAGCAGCUGAUGAACCCAAAAAAGCAGCACUGAAAGCUGCAAAAAAGCAGAUAGUUCCUGUCUUGAAAAAGGAACACGUGAAUGUCACAAAAACAGUGCCUGUAACUCCAAAAGAGAAAGUCAAACCAACACCAACAAAAAAAGCUGAUGAACGCAAGAAGGCAGCACAGGUGCCAAAGGCUGCAAAAAAGCAGAAAGUUCCUGUCCUGAAAAAGGAGCACGUGAACGUUACAAAAACAGUGCCUAUAACUCCAGAAGAAAAAGUCAAACCAGCACCAACCAAAAAAGAAGCUGAAGUUCACAAGGAGAAGAAGGCCACGCCAGUGACUCCCACAAAAGCACCUGUUAUCGAAGCAAAACCCAAAGCGCCUGAAAAGAAGAAAGCAGUUCCUGAAGUUGCAAAGGUGAAAGCCAAACCAGAACCUGCAAAGAAAGCAGUGGCAGCUCCAAAGGGGCCCAAAAAGGAACCAAAGGAGAAGGGCAAACCUGCAACUGUAAAACCAGACGCUGCACCUAAAAAGGCUGCAAGGAGGAUCAAAAUAAUCAAGAAGGAGGUAGCAGCUGUCGUGAAGAAGGAACAUCUUAAUGUUACAAAAGCAGCUGAUGAACCUAAGAGGGCAGCACUAAAAGCUGCAAAAAAGCAGACGGUUCCUCUCCUGAAAAAGGAACACGUGAAUGUUACAAAAACAGUGCCUGUAACUCCAAAAGAGAAAGUCAAACCAGCACCACCAAAAAAAGAAGCUGAAGUUCGCAAGGAGAAGAAGGCCGAGCCAGUGACUCCUACAAAAGUGGUUCCUGGAGUUGCAAAGGUGAAAGCCAAACCAGAACCUGCAAAGAAAGCUGAUGAACCUAAGAGGGUUGCACUGAAAGCUGUGAAAAAGCAGAUUGUUCCUCUCCUGAAAAAGGAACAUUUGAAUGUUACAAAAACAGUGCCUGUCACUCCAAAAGAAAAAGUCAAACCAGCACCAAUGAAAAAAGAAGCUGAGGUUGUUAAGAAGAAGAAGGCUGAGCCAGUGACUCCAACAAAAGCACCUGUUAUCAAAACAAAACCUAAAUCUGCUGAAAAGAGGAAAGCUGUUCCUGAAGUUGCUAAGGUGAAAGCCAAACCAGAACCUGCAAAGAAAGUGGUUCCUGAAGUUGCUAAGGUGCAAGCCAAGCCAGAACCUGCAAAGAAAGUGGUAGCUCCGAAGGAGCCCAAGAGGAAACCAAAGCAAGAAAUCAAACCUGAAACUGUGAAACCAGCUCCCAUCGAGGCCAAGAAGGAACCAAAAGAAAAAAUCAAACCUGACGCUGUAAAACCAGACGCUGCACCCAAAAAGGCUGCAAGGAAGAUUAAAGUGGUCAAGAAGGAGGUAGCGUCUGUUGUGAAGAAGGAACAUCUUAAUGUCACAAAAGCAGCGGUUCCUGAAGUUGCUAAGGUGAAAGCCAAACCAGAACCUGCAAAGAAAGCAGUGGUUCAUCACAAGGAGCCCAAGAAGGAACCAAAGGAAAAAGUCAAACCUGAACCUUUAAAAGCAGAAGUUCCAAAGGAAAAGGCCAAAGUGGCUCCUGCUAAGAAAGAUGCUGCUGCUCCUAAGGAAAAGGCCAAACCUGUCAUCUUGAAAAAAGAACAAGAGGCCAGAAAUGCCUCUAUAGUAAAACCGAGGGUCAAAAUAGUGCCCAUGAAAAAAGAAGUCAAAGCGCCAAAAGAGAAAGUCAAAGCAGUCUCUGCAAAGACAGCAGUAGAGGUUCCAAAACAGAAGCCCAAACCAGCUCUGACAAAGAGAGAAGCUGCUCCACUCAAGACAAAACCAGCCCCGGUAGUCAAAGAGGCACAAGUGCCGCACAAAAAUGUCUCUGUAACAAAGGAGAAGGUGAAAGUUGUGCCACUCAAGAAAGUGCCUGUAACUCCAAAAGAGAAAGUCAAACCAGCACCAACAAAAAAAGAGGCUGACGUUCUCAAGGAGAAGAAGGCCGCACCAGUGACUCCCGCAAAAGCACCUGUUAUCAAAGCAAAACCUAAAUCUGCUGAAAAGAAGAAAGAAGCUGCCGUGAAAGAAAAGGCAAAGCCAAAAAUCUCACAGAAAGAACCAGAGGCCAAGCCAGUUCUUGCCAAAAAAGCACCUGAGGUUACAAAGGCGAAGCCUAAGCCAGCUCAUGAAAAGAAAGCUCCUUCUAAAACAGAGGCUGAAACAAAGAAGGAAAAGAUCAAACCAGCCUUAAAGAAGAAAGAGCCCAAAGUUGCAGAGGACAAAGUCAAACCAACUGUUGAAAAAGCAUUGUCGAGGAAAAAGGCCAAACCAGUCCAUGUUAAGAAAGAACUGGAGACUCCUAAAGAGAAGGACAAACUGGCUGCAGUGAAGAAAGCUAUUUCUAAGGAAAAGACCAAACCAGUCCGUGUGAAGAAAGAGCCGGAAGUUUUAAAAGAAAAGGUCAAACCGACUGCAGCAAAGAAAGAAGACAGAGUUCUUAAAGAGAUACAGCCAUCAGCAAAGAAAGAAAAACCUGCUGAGAAGAAAGUUGCUAAAGAGGAAAAAGUAAAAGAGGGGAAAAUAAAAGAAGAGCCGUCUGUCUCGGACAGCUUUCAGAUGGAAGAAGAGCUGCCCUACUUCCAGUGUUUCUUUGUGGACGAGGACGAGGCCCAGUUUCCUUUCUACGCCUUCUCACCGCUGCAGAUCUGAAGCUUCAGUCUGAGUUUUACAUUUUAGUCAAUUUUACUGAUAACGACAAGGUCACAUCGCGCCCCGCACUGCUGAAACGCAGCCUGCUGUUCACUGUUGGACAGCAGAGGAUGAUGGGUGAUUUUAAAAGAUGGACCGAUUUUAUUUUACUUCCAGUUUUGGUUGAGCUCUCGUUCCAAAUACAUGCAGCCAGUGUCAUUCCUUUCCAUUUUUUUAAUUUAUUUUAAAAAAAAUUGUGUUUAUUUGUCAUAAAUUUGAAAGGUGGAUAUCGUAAGAAUGAUGGAACAAUGUAGUAUAAUACCUCCUGUGGAUCAUUUAUAUAGAUCACAGAAACACAUGCAAAUAUAUAUGAUUUUUUUUUUCUUUAAGAAGGAACAUAGUUUUGUAAACAGGGUACAAAAAUGGCCACGAUUGUAGAUUCAAGGCAGAUGGGUUCAAUUCCCACAUUUACUUGAAAAGUGGUUUGUACAUUACAUACACUUCGAUACAUUUUUAUGCACCAUCAUCAGUGCAGUUUUAGCUUUUUCCUUCAUUAGAUUGUAGAUGGCAAUUUUUUUAUGCUCAACCUAUCUGUAUUUUAAAGCCCUACAAUCAAAAGUUGAGCAUUUAUACUGUUUGUGCAUAUUUUCAUGAUUCUUUCAGUCUUUUAUUUCUUAUACAUAUUCCUCUGUUUAAUGAAAGUUUUUUUCUUUUUUUUUCUAUUUAUGCUAUCUUUCAAAAGGAAUGACCACACACUGUAUACAAGAGCUCCCAAACAUACUCAUAAACCCUUUAAAGUCUUAUUAAACUACCUACGUGUGCACCAGCUCUUCAUUUUGACAUUGGUGCUAAAAACAAGCUUUGCCCGCACUGUUUGAACAGGGUUUGAGCAUCAGAUUCAUUCAUAACUGGAUGACAUUUUGGAAAUUAUUUUUCCUGCUGCUUCCAAAUCUUUUACAUUUGAAUUUGAUGCAUCUUGUUUUAGUCACUGAGAGGGCGACUAAGUCUUUUCUUGCACUGUUAUUGAGCAAGCUGGAACAUUAAAAAUAGGGCACAUGAGAUGGAUUAUUUUUGUCAGUCAGCAGGGAUUUGGAUUCCUUGAUAGACCAAAAACACACUCUUACUAACGUUGGUCAGUGGCUGUUGUAAUUUUUUAGUAACCUUUUGAAUAAGUUCUUACAAAAGAGACGGAGAACAUCAUGAGGAAAAUCGUUCCAAGUUAAAGUCUUUUAUAGUGUCAUCUAUUUUAUUUUUAACAUAUAACAUAUGAAUGCAUAUCUCAUAUCACGUCUGAUUAACUGUGCUAAAACAGACAGUAGUCGUAUGACAGUUUAUGAAUAUCCUGUGCAUGUGACGCACAGUGUGAGUGAUGAUUUAAGAUGGAUUUCAAGUCACAUAUUUGAAAUCUCUGAAAAAUGACAGGAGAUGAGGACAGAGAGCUGUGAGAAUCGGCUCGUCUGCAGGUUUAUUUGACAACCUGAAAGUGGUCGUUGACAUUGUUACGUUGAAGCGUAGCAUUAAAAUGAAACAUGUACAUCUUUGAUUAUAUACGCACGACGUGUUAUCGCACUCUAAAUGGAUGCAGAGGGCGUCACGUGUUUGUGCCGAUGAUCUCAGAUGCAAACUGGUACAUUAUUUCUCAGUUUGUAACAGCUGUUGUUUAUGUAUGGCUCUUUACAUUUUGCUCCAUAUGCUGCGUAGAAGACAGUUAUUACAGCUUGUGACACUAAUCCCAAAUUUAAUCAAAAGUAAAUCCACUUAUCUUUUUUAUCAGAAUAAUAGAAAGAGUCUUUAUUUGUCCAUAAAUGGCGCAUAAGACCCUGUGCAGCUCACAGAGAGCUCAGGCUCCAAUAACAGUGACAGCUGCAGUUUUAAUGGUGAUGCUCCACUACCACUAAUGUUUUCUUCCCAAAAUGACAAAACACUGUCUCUGAAUGUUUUUGAUCUAUUGGGUUUUAGUAAAGACAUUUUGAUUUGUGGGGACAAAAGAUGAAUAUUUGUUUCAGUUGUUUUAACCAAAUCACAUCUAAAGAUUCACUUUAAACAUGUGCAAUAUAUACAUUAAUUAUCUCAGUGAUCAAAGCACUGUAUGUUUGUCUGACAGAAAUGUGCAUGAUGUGUUUGUGUGUUUUUUGUUUUAUGCCCACAAAUGUUUUGUGACAUUUUUCCCAGCUUUAAGAACGCCAACACUAAGUACUUGAACUUGUGAAUUAUUUGAUACCAAUAACUCAUGUUGUCCCACAGUGGUGUUGCUAACAAGUACAAGUAUCAAACCAUUCAUAUUUUUAAAAUAAUCUUUGUAAAUAGUUUAAGAAAUGGAAGAGAGAGUUUUAACCCCUGAGCCAUUACUACUGAAACUGCUUUUUAACUGCAGUUAAAUUCACAUUAUGUACCGAUUAUUAUAUUUUCUUCAUGCUUGUGAAUAGAAGCAAUUUGACAUUAAAACUCAGCAAUGUA